AUGGUCGGUACGGCCAUUACUCUGGAAGCCGUCGACGAGGCACUCGAGGCAAAUCGUCGACUUCAGGCUGAGUUGCAGCAGAAGUGGCGGCAGUUGCGUGGGGCACAAAGUCGCAUCGCGGAUCUUCUAUUGGCAUUAUGUAAGUCGCUGCACACCUCCAAAGUCCGGGGGCGUGUAGUCAUGAAACGCGACCGGGUCAACGCGGCGACGGCGACGGCGUAUUUUGACACCUACCUGCGUUCUACCAAGGAAUGUUCACCGUUUCGGGUUGCCGGCUUCUAUGCUGAGCGUGGCUGUCUACGGUAUGCGUCGCUUCCCCUGGCGCCGGAUGAGGUGAGGUGGAACGAGGCCAAAGAGGCGUUUCCGCCGCCGUUCGCUCCUCUCUUAUUGACGACAAAACAGGACUUAUCACCCGAAAAAAUGGCGGAACGGGCCUGGAGUAAAGAGGAAGACGAAGCACUCAUAGCGGCUGUGCGUGGUUACGCAGGAAACCCCUGUGGUGCAAACUUCUGGAAGGCGUUGGCCGUAUCUGGCUGUUCGCGCUUUGAAAUUGCUAGCAGGUAUGUUGCACUGAAAGGUAUCAGAAGGAUAAACUUUGUGGCGCCACAUCGGGCCGCUUUUCAGCUGAGCGACGAAGAAAGGACAGCUGCGGUUAAAGAGGCUGUUCGCUGCCAUGUAGGAGAUGGUGCGGAGACGUUUGCCGCCUUCUCGGAGUUUCUCGCGGCGGCCGCACGGCGUCGUGCGUGCAUGGCGGAAGUAGCAGGAGAGGCGGUCAAUCCGUUUCCCCCAUAUGUAUGGGAGCUUCGCCACAAUUUUAACCGAUUAGCCGAGCCCUUUGUGCAGGAGGCAAGUCGCUCUGUUGCGCACCUUGCGGUGCGGGGUGGUAGUGGCGCAACGCUGUCGCAGCGCGACGAGGAGCAGAACGACACAACGCCGUCCCUUGUCGAUUGCGCAGCUUGUCUUUUGGCGUUUAAAGCGAAACUUUUUGGAAAGAGCAGCCUGCUGUGGGAAAUCGUACGAAUUUUCUUGCCAGGGUGCGGGAACGAUUUACCAAGUGGGUGGCACAAAAUGCAGCUCUCAGUGCUGGAGGAGAGUCUACAAAAGCAACAACAAACGAAAUAA